UCACACUUUGUUAUUGUUGACACUUGAUGUUAACAAGUUUAAAUUGCUAGAUAUUUAAACUUAUAAGUAUAACUCAAAAAUAUAAGUCAUAAAAUGACUAUAAAGUUAGUAAGAGUUGAUGCCUCUAAUUGCACAAAAAUUCAAUUAGGGCAUGGUGAACACAUUAUUGGAAGAGGAAAACUUCUAGAUUGCAAUGAUAAACGUAUAUCGCGUGAACAUGGAGAAUUGUUAAUAGACGAUUCUACAGUUACUAUAAAAGCGUUGCACCUAAAUCCUUGCUUUUUUAAACUAAAGGAUUCAAAAGGAACAGAAAUUUUACAACUAGGAUCAUCUAAAAUACUAAAUAAUGGAGAUCGAUUUGGUCUCUUGCCUGAUGAUUUUUGGUAUGAAAUCAUCUAUUGCCCAGAGGGUGAGGAUUUUGGUAGAAGUGAUUCAGAAAAAAAUACAGAAGAAUAUUCCCUAGCAGAUGCUGUCCCUAGCGACAGCCAUACAUUAAAUUCAAAUAAAAUUAAGGUUGAUGGGUUGCAUGCAUCUAACAUUAAUAAUGAUGACACUUAUAACAACAGUAGCAGACCAGAAUCACCUUCCUUGUUAAGUAUGCAUAAUGAUGAUACUAUACAAGUAAAUCAAAAUAAGCCAGUAUCAAAUAAUAAUAAGCCAGUCCAACCUAAAGACACUGAGCCUAACUCGUCAAAUUCACUCCAAAAUCAUUCUGAUGAAGAAAAAACGGAAAAUGGUGAUGAGUCAAGUGAAAAAAGUCCAUCAAUCAAACGAUCACACAGUCCAGACAGUUAUGAUGUGAAAAAAUUUAAAACAGUGAAUGUUGUAGUGAAAGUAGAACCUGAUGAUGUGAGACCAGGACCAAGUGAUACAGCGGCUGGUGGUAAUGUAAACGAUGAUGCUGCUUCAAGAGAUAAGCCAAAUAGACAGAGAGAAAGAUGUAUAUAUGGUGUUAAUUGUUACAGUCCAAUCGAACGUGUUUCCCACCCAUCAUCGACCCAAGUAGAGGCUUUAGUAACUUUUUUAGAGGAGAGACCUAGCCUGGCAAAAGGAUUUCUGAGAAACCCUAACGCUAGAGCUAGAGCUUUGAAAGAAUGGGACAAAAUUACCACCCUCUUAAAUAAUACCAUUGGGGGCUCAAUAAAAUCUAGUAAAAAAUGGAUAAAGUACUGGUCUGAUAAAAAAAGCGCCGUAAAAAGAAAAGCUGUUGCACGUAAUGCUGCCAGACUUAGGACUGGUGGUGCAGCUGAAGAUAUUCCUGAGUUAUCAGAAAUUGAAGAAAGGAUAUUGGCACUAAUGAGUGCUCCUGGAUUUGCAAAUGGCGAUGAACACCUGCCGUUGCAAGUUUUUGAUGAGCCAAUACAAUUAUUUUCAGCCAGUCACCAUUCGGAGAAAAUAGUUGACCAGCCUGGCUCAAGUGCUCCUUACAUUAAUGUGAAUGCUCUUCCUUUGGACAAUAUGAAUGUUGGCACAUAUGUAAAUCCAAACAUCACUGUAAACCAGUAUCCACGGCAAAGAGAGCUAACUCCCGAACAUCCAAGGCAAGCAGGAGAUGCAACAACAGUGAGAGACGGUGACAAUACCAGUGCAACUCUGACUUCCAGGCGCCGCACAUUUCGUUCAAUCAGGAGAUCACCACCAUCGCAACGACACUCUCAGUUUAACAGCAUGGCCGAUAAAUUUUUGAAAUUGGAAGACCAGCGGAUAGCACACGAAGGAAGAGUUGUCAAGGUGAUGGAAGAGAUGGCUCGAACUCACAAUGUGCUGGCAGAGGGUGUCAAGGCUCAAGCAGAAGCACAUAUAGCUCUCGGAGAGGGGUUGAAAGCUCUGGGAGAAGGAUUAAAGGCUCUGGCAGAAUCAAUUAAAAAUAAUUAAAUUUAUGCUUUGUUUAUUUUGUUUACUAUAUAAAAAUAGACUAGCAAUUCGGUUACAUUCUUAACCGUCCAUAAAG